AGUCAGGAGCGCACAUGGCAUAGUGUUGCUGCUCCAUCAGGUCCGCUGCUUCACCUUCUUCUCUAUCAUCUCUCCACUCAUCUGCGCGUUCAAACUCAACCAUUUAAGAAGAGACAAAAAGGCAGAAGAAAAACAGAUGAUCUUGUUUGUUUAUCCAUAUUUUUGCGCACUCUGCAGUCUGAAAUAUGUUUCCCGUAGUAAGGAAAAGUUUAUGACAACCAGCUGCAUCUCAUUGAAGUCCCCUCCCUCUUAAAUAAACUGCUCUAACCUGGAUAUAACCCAUCGCUGUGUGAUCGGAGGAUUCCUGCCUCUUUUUCAUCCCAGCAGGCGUGAUGAGAGGCUGGAGACGCCGGAGGAACUUUUCCUUUCUGCGCUUUGCGCUCCACCUCUGGUAUCUCUCCACAGCCCUGGGGAAUCUCACAGACCAGGAUUUCAGCCGACAGGAUGGAAGUACUCCAGACAAGGCUACGCAGCAGGAGGAUGCAGCCAGACCACGUCGCCAUGAGACCACAGUACCUCUGAUGCUGAAGGGCAAAGAGCGUAGACCUCUCAGCCAGCUCACCCCUGGGACUUAUCCUGCGUCACUCCAGGUGGCGGUGUUUGCAGAGGGUGAAGAGCUGAUCCUGUUACUGGAAAAGAAUGAGGGUCUUUUUGCAAGCCACUACACUGAGACGCAUUACAGGGAGGAUGGAAGUGCAAUCACUGGUACUCACAACUUCACGAACAACUGCUACUACCACGGAGAAGUGCAGGAGUAUCCAAACUCUGAUGUAACCCUCAGUGCCUGCUUGGGCCUUCGAGGCUUCAUUGCACUUGAAAACAAGGCAUUUGUUAUUGAGCCUGUAUCUGGCAGUGACGCUCGGGCCCACUUCAUUUAUCGAGCGGAAGAGCUCAAAGUGACCCCUGGAGCCUGUGGCCAUGGCUUUAAUUUGUCCUCUGUUACCCCUGAAACCUACAUCAAAAGCCCUUUUCAGUCUUUUCACACAAGGCAUAAAAGGAAUGCUCAAAAGACAACCAAAUACGUGGAGCUGAUAAUCGUUGCAGACAACAGAGAGUUUCAGAAACAGGGAAGAGACCUGGAGAAAGUCAAACAACGGCUGGCAGAGAUAGCCAAUUAUGUGGACAAGUUUUACAGGGCCCUCAACAUCAGGGUGGCUCUGGUUGGUCUGGAGGUAUGGAGCGACUCCGAUAAAUGCCCCAUCACUCAAGAUCCCUUCAACACCUUGCAUGAGUUCCUAGACUGGAGGAAGGUGAAACUGUUGCCCCAGAAACCUCAUGACAACGCCCAGCUCAUAAGCGGAGUUUAUUUCCAGGGCACCACCAUCGGAAUGGCCCCCAUUAUGAGCAUGUGCACAGUGGAGCAGUCUGGAGGCAUUGUCAUGGAUCACUCUGAGAACCCACUGGGUGCAGCUGUAACUUUGGCACAUGAACUCGGACACAAUUUUGGCAUGAAUCAUGACACCCCAGAGCGCGGCUGUGGCUGUAGAAUGACAGUGGAUCGUGGAGGCUGCAUCAUGACACCAUCCACAGGAUAUCCGUUUCCUACAGUGUUCAGCACCUGCAGCAAGAAGGACCUUGCAGCCAGUCUUGAGAAAGGUGUGGGGAUGUGUUUGUACAACAUGCCAGAGGUCAAGGUGCUUUAUGGAGGACAGAAGUGUGGCAAUGGCUACGUAGAGGAGGGAGAGGAGUGUGACUGUGGGGAGCCAGAGGAAUGCAUGAACCCCUGCUGUAACGCCACCACAUGCACCCUCAAGGGAGAUGCAGUGUGUGCCCAUGGGCAAUGCUGUGAUGAUUGCAAGCUCAAACUGGCUGGCACCAUGUGCCGAGAGUCCAGCAACUCAUGUGAUCUGCCUGAGUUCUGUACUGGCUCCAGUCCUCACUGCCCAGCCAAUGUUUAUCUCCAUGAUGGACACGCUUGCCACAACGUUGACGGCUAUUGCUACAAUGGCAUCUGCCAGACUCACGAACAACAGUGCAUCACCUUGUGGGGACCAGGAGCUAAGCCUGCUCCUGGGAUCUGCUUUGAGAGAGUCAACUCUGCAGGAGAUCCUUAUGGGAACUGUGGGAAGGACUCCAAAGGUUCAUUUGCCAAAUGUGAUGCAAGGGAUGCUAAGUGUGGUAAAAUCCAGUGCCAGGGUGGAGCCAACAGACCAGUGAUCGGUACAAACGCUGUCUCCAUUGAAACCAAUAUCCCACUACAGGAAGGGGGGCGUAUUCUAUGUCGAGGGACACAUGUGUACCUGGGGGAUGACAUGCCAGACCCUGGGCUUGUUCUGGCUGGAACAAAGUGUGGAGACAGCAUGGUGUGCUUGAACCGGCAGUGCCAGAAUGUCAGUGUCUUUGGCGUGCUCGAGUGCUCAGGGAAGUGCAAUGGACGAGGGGUAUGCAACAACAAGAAGAACUGCCACUGUGAAGCCCAGUGGGCUCCUCCGUUCUGCGAGAAACCAGGCUUCGGAGGGAGCAUUGACAGUGGGCCAAUGAGGCUGGCAGAUGUGCGUGUGUGUGUAUUAAUGUGCGUGUUGUCGUAUAUGGCAUCAGCCGACAGUGUGCUCAUUACUGUGGCGAUCCUGGUCACCCUGGUUAGCCUCCUGGCAGCCACAGUGAUCGUCUUCCUGAAGAGGAAAGCUCUGCUAGGACUCUUCUUCAGCAACAAGAAGCGCACCUUGGAGAAACUCAGAUCUGUGGAGGCAACCAGGCCAACUAGUCCCAUCAGGACUGAGUCCAGGUACAGACCCACACCACAACGCAGGCCUCCACCCAAACCUUCUGCGGCCAAUGUUUGUAAGCCUUCUUUCCUGAGUGCAGAGCCUCUCCUCCCUCCUCACAACUUCCACUCCCACAGUCUGCGCAGACUCCCUCUCUACCAGCCUCUGCACAUCAGCCAGCCCAUGCCGGUGUCUCUAAGCGUGGGCCAGCCCAACCUGCCUCCUCUGCCCACUCACAACCAUAGAGUCCUGGCCGCUCGCUCACCGGCCUCACCGCCUCGAGUGCCACCGUUUCUAAGCCUGCCACGCAAGCAGUCUUUGUAUAGAGUGGAGCAGGACUUUGAGAAGCCCAGUCCACCACAGAAACCCCUGCCUGCUGACCCGUUAGGGCGGAGCUCUCGGCGUGGUUACAGCAUCACGCCAACAGGGGUCCACAUCCCGGGGGCUGGAGCCAUCCCAGUACCUAUCCCCAAGGUUCCUAGGCCUCCACCAACUAUACCCUUACCCAACAGACCUGUGCCAGCGUUGCCCUACAGACCACCAAAGACUCAGGAAUGCUGAAAUCUUGACAUGUGGAUAAGUGGAAUAAGAAAACUACACAAAACAGAAAGGAACAACAAAAACAUUCUCGUUUUUGCACUAAUUAUUUGGACGAGAGUCUGUUGGACAUUUUGAACUACAGGAAAAGUUACUGUGCAAAGUUUAUGGAAGAACAGGGGAUGACCGUCACACCUUGGUGCUACACCUCUAAAAGGUGCUUUGCUGUCUUCACUCAGGUACUCUUGAACUAUUUAUCUAUUUAUUAUUUAACUCUUAUGAGUUUGUGCCGGAUGAAGAAUUUUCCAGAAGGAGAAUUUGAGAAGACAACAAAAAUAAGGUCAUUUUUAUGUUUUACAUUAUUUUGUGUUUUUUUUUUACUUUUUCUUUUGAUAAAUGCUGUAAUCAAAGAUUCUUUUGAAACAAUUGAUCUCUCCUGGGUGAUGGAUUUGUUGACACAUUCAAACUUGAAUGAAAAUGAAAAGAAAUGGAGACCAGCUCAGUUUAGUAGUAUUAUUUAUUUAGUUUUUCCCUUCAUGGGGUUUGCAAAACCAAAUGUAUUGUAUGUUUUUUAUUUUCUAUUUUGCUUGAAAUAUGAAGCAGUUAUGAGACCAUGCAGCUUUUAAGAUAAAAAUUGAAAAUGAUUCUUAUUGGCCCCCUAAUUUCCGUUCCCGUGCGUCAGACUGGCUCCGACGUGACCUUCCAAGCAUGUGUUGGAUACUCAACAUGAUAUCCUGAUGCCAACGAGACUGCAGAGUGUGGACAAAGUUUACUAUGUGAUAAUGUUCUAGAGAAUGCUUCUAGCCACCAAUUCAUCAGUCUUAAUGUUGGUGUUUGUAUGUUUAAUGUUCACGCUCACUUUCUUCUCCAUCCUUAUGGCCAAGAUGGUUGACCUCAGCACUGUCAGCUUUCCAAGUUCCACACAUUGGAUUACAAUAAAUAUCACCUUUUUUUUUUAAAGUUGUUUUCGAUUUGUCUUUUGAGUUUCUUGGCUGUUUUUUCCUGCAUUUAUCAUUAACUAUUGUAUCUGGUGUUGCACUUCCGGUGAAUUUUUCAGUUCAUUUAGUAGUCCACAGCAAAAAUGAUUGAAGUCUGGAACUGAUUUUUGUUUCUCUACAUGAAAAUGUGCUCUCCUCAGAAAAGUGUGAAACAGUUGAAGUGAUAGCCCACUGUUGGUAAAUAAACGUUAAAGCUGUUGGAAUUAUAUUGUUAUUGUAUGUUCAUCAAAUUGUCUGUAUAGUGUAAAUAUUUAGUAUGUAACCAUUUUCCCUCCACUUGGUCUGUUUGUCUUUUAUUCACAAGCACAGAAACAUAAGAACUGCUCUGAGGCUGUGCCCCGUUUAUACUUCUUUUAAAUGUUUUUAAUAUUUCGGCAUUUAUAAAUAACUUUUCGGGCUGGUUGUUGAAUAAGGAGCACCAAUAAAAGAUUUUUUUUUUUGUGAGAA